GCCUGCAUUUCUGCGACCAGUCGGCAGUGUGGGUAGUCUGUGAGGGGAAGCUUACCAUUUUUGAUAAACAAACCGCUUGUUUGGUUGCAGGUCGCCUCUUACCAGUCUGUGCAGCUCGAGACCAAAAAGAAUGUAACACGUUCGAUGUCUUGCGUGCGAUUUUAUACCAGCUCUCGCUAGCUAGUCAGCCUUUAACUUUAACACGUUUCCUUCAGAAGUUACAAAUAAGAAACGAAUGUUAUUUUCAUCAUACGACCAGCUAGCUAACGGCAACUAUCUAGCUACGUGACGGCGACCAAUUUUUAGGUAACCUUCGAUACAAGUAUUUUUAAAGCUGCCAAGACAGAUUAUAAAGCGAAUAGAUUGUUUUAAGUUCAGAUGAUUGGUUGUCAUCAACACUGGACAUUAUCGUGUAACGUUUGCUGGAUACAGUUAAUAGAUCAAGCCAGAAACGGCGAGCUAACAUUGCCUGCUAUACUAGUUGUUCUUUCACUUUUAGUGCAUUGGUAGAUCGAUUAACAGAAGCAACGAAGUUUGUAGAUUACCAGCCAUUUCUGCCCGAGAACAACUUGUUUAUUGAACUGCCUGAGAGAUUGGCUCACUAGCCGGCUAGCUGGCUAACCACUCAGUCGAAGGAACUUGACAAGAGGUAGCUAGCUAACGUUGACAGUUUACCAGACGAGGCAUCUAGUCUGUCAUUAUUUUGACCUGUUUAGAUUUAGCGGCAGUGAUCAAAUACUCUUAAACCUAGUCCAAAUAAGUUACUUUGGAACAAUAAUAUUCAACACAGAUUGAACUUGAAUCUUCAGUAUUUCCAUUUCCAGGCAAAUAAGCUUGUCUUUUCUAUCUUCCAAUUCGCCAAAUUUCCAGUCAUCAAGCUAAGGCUGUGUAGCGCAGUGGUCAGGUUUUGGUAACACCGUAGGCAUAAUAGUUGAAUGGGAAUACGUCUUGGAAAUAAGGGCAUUCCCGUAGCAGUCACUUCAAACCAGCAGAAGCUCCUGGAGAGGCUAGUCAGCUAGCCCAUUAGCUGCUUAAUUUGACCGUGUUUUUUAUUAUAAGCUGAAGCAACACAUUGAAAGCCCUGCUUGGUUGACUUCAGACAGUACCUCAAAGCGUACAUCUAUCACUUGUCACUGUGUGGCAGAAAUAACAGGAAACGUUUUAUUUGUAAUCCCCUCCAAGCGGAAACAGAGUGGAGAAAAAGCACAGUUGUUUUCUCAAUUCUGACCCGGAUUGUGAUAUUAUCGGUGUUAUUGUUGAAAAUGGCGGCGAUUGGAAUGGUGCAGAUGUUGAUCGAAGCUGCAGAAUACCUUGAUCGCAGAGAAAGAGAAGCAGAGCACGGUUAUGCAUCGAUGUUACCCUUCACCAGCAACAAAGAGAGGGACAAUCUAAAGCGGAAAAAUAAAAGCAAGAAAAACUCCAACAGCAGAUCUUCACAUAACGAGAUGGAGAAGAACAGGCGGGCACACUUACGGCUGUGUUUGGAGCGCUUAAAAUCCCUCGUACCUCUGGGACCAGACUCCAGCAGGCAUACCACUCUCAGCCUGCUAAUGAAGGCCAAGGAACACAUAAAGCGGUUGGAGGAGGGCGAUCGAAAGGCUCAGCACGCAAUCAAGGACCUGGAGCGGGAGCAGCGGCACCUGAGACGCCGACUGGAGCAGCUGGGCGUGGAGCGCACGCGCAUGGACAGCAUGGGCUCCACCGUGUCCUCCGACAAGUCCGACUCCGACCAGGAGGAUCUUGACGUGGACGUGGACGUGGACGUGGACGUAGAGGAUGUGGAAGACGUGGAUGUGGAGGACGUGGAGGAGGGCACGGACUGCCUGUUGGGCGACCUGGAGUGGAGCAGCUCCAGCGUGAGCGACUGGGACGAGCGGGCCAGCUGGCGCAGCGGCGGCAGCACCGACGAGGGCUACUCCAGCGCCAGCCUGCGCCGCCUCAUGCCCCCCAGUACCUCCGCCACUGCUACUGCUCAGGAGAACCAGCCCAGCCCCAAGACUAGCCCCGUGCUCCGCCGCCUUUAGGGGUGGGGCAGAGCAUCUCUGAUGCCCGCUGUCCGCCCCCCACCUUCCUAGCUCUCCCAGCUCCAGCCCACAUCGCACCCCACACAUACGCACACACCUUCCCUUCUCUCUGUCUGUUUUUUCUCCGUCACCCCUUUGUCGUGCACUUCACUGUCUCUCAGCUUCACUCGGCCCUUACAGCUGCAGCCAGCGCAAUCCACGAGUCAGUCGGUGAGUCGAGGUAAACCCCUCCCCCUCCACCACGUCCCUUCUACAUGCCCAUGAUGUGUUCCCUGUGGUCAGCACAACGCACUCCGUCAAGAGCCCUCAUCUCCAUCUCAUGUGAGAUGUUGUUUUUUUGUUGCCUCUGUCCAUUGCAGCUUUUACAGGCUCUGGGUCAGUUAGGAUGAUUUGAAGAUGGAGCUCGUCCUUCACUCUUAUUUUUUGCCCCUGCCCACCUACCCAGCAAGUCAGCCACGACUGUUAUUCUGUAUCUCCGCAGCUUGACCUCUUGCCCCCCCCCCCCCCC